CUAAUUGUUGAUCAUCAGUCUUUCAAACACUGAUAGUGUAGAUAGCCAUGAUUCCCCCUGUUGAGAGUUGUGUACAGAUCAAGUAUAGCCACCAUUGCACGUUCCAGGUAGAGAGCCAUGAUUCCCACUGCCAGCCCGGACUGCUCAGGGGGUGAGGACCAUGUGAAGCCUGGGGAGUACGUGCUACAGAGGCUCUUCCUAGAGUUCUGUGCUCUAUCUGAGAAGAAGAUUGAGCAGGUUCUUGCUGAACCACUCGAGAAGCUACUGACAAAGACCCUACAGAAGGGGGAUGACAAGGAAUUUGAUCAGCUGCUGAAUUCUCUGGCUAAUGUUGCCGAGCAGAGUCUUCCGUCGUUGCUACGCAGUCUGUUCCGUUGGUAUGAGAGACAGCUACUGUUGGAGGAAGGUGGUCAUGCUGAACCACGUCUGAGACACAGGAGUAAAGGGAGCAAGGAUUACCUGUGUGAGAGAAGAGACCUGGCAGUAGAGUUUGUGUAUUGCCUGGUGCUGAUUGAAGUCUUACCCAAGUUGUCCUAUCACCCCGGCCAUGAUGACCUUGUGGGCAAGAUCAUCAGUCAGGCCUUCAAACACUUCAAGUACAAGGAUGGAGAGACAGACAAAAGAUUACAGACUAAUCCAAAUGCAGGCAACAUCAACAUCAUUGCUGAUCUGUAUGCAGAGGUCAUUGGAGUGCUGUGUCUUUCACGGUUUCAGCCGGUACGGAAGACGUUCAACCUGGAGCUGAGAGAACUCAAACUGCGUGACCAGACCCCGUACACAGCCCAGAGUGUCAUAAGUCUACUUAUGGGACUCAAGUUCUUCAGGGUCAAGAUGCACCCGAUGGAGGACUUUGAGCAGUGCGUUCAGUUCCUACACGAGCUGGGCCAGUACUUCCUGGAUGUGAAGGACAAGGACAUCAAGCACACCCUCGCCAGCCUCUUUGUGGAAAUACUGCUGCCUGUUGCCGGGACUGUGAAGCAUGAAGUGAACGUGCCUGUGUUAAAGAACCUGGUGGAGAUGUUAUAUUCAAACUCUGUGGACCUCUCCAGUAAACAGAAAUACAAGCAGCCCCUUAUACCCAUGGUGACCUGCCUGCUGGCGGUGAGCCAGAAGCAGUUCUUCUUGAGCAACUGGCCCUACUUCCUCACCAACUGUCUGUCCUUGCUGAAGCACAGGGACAACAAACUGUCCCGCGUUGCUCUCGAGUCCGUAUCUAGGCUUGUCUGGGUAUAUAUGGUGCGAAUAAAAUGUGAGAGCAACCAGUCUACAACAAGUCGUCUGCAGAGCAUCAUAAGCAGUCUGUUUCCAAGGGGACAGAAGGUUGUCAUGCCCAAGGACAUGCCCUUGAACAUAUUUGUCAAGAUCAUUCAGUUCAUUGCAACAGAAAGACUCGACUUUGCCAUGAGGGAGAUUAUCUUUGACCUGCUAAACAUUGGAAAGAAAUCAAACUUUCUAAAUUCUGAGAGGAUGAGUAUUGGUCUGCGUGCCUUCCUGGUGAUCGCUCACAGCCUCCAGCAGUGUGAUGGUGACCCGCCCAUGCCCCAGUCCAACACUGUGCUGCCGUCCGGGGCAACCGUCCGUAUGAAACGCACCUUCCUCAACAAGAUGCUGACCGAGGACACGGCCAAACACAUUGGGCUGGCCCAGUACAUGCCCCACCUUCUGAAGACCUUUGACUCCAUGUUGCGCAAUCUGGAUCUCAAUGUUGGCAGGCCACUGAUGUUGACAAAGGCGGAGAAUGUGAACAAGGAACCGGAGGAGUUAUUGACUGGAGAUCGUAAAGGCAAGAUGGAUCUGUUCCGGACAUGUAUCGCUGCCAUCCCGCGCCUGAUCCCGGAUGGCAUGUCUCACUCAGAGCUAGUCGAGCUGGUCACGCGGCUCACCGUGCAUUUUGACGAGGAACUGCGUGGGCUGGCCUUCCAGGCUCUACAGAACCUCAUGGUGGAGUCGGAGACCUGGAGGGAACACGUUGUGCGAGGGUUUGUCCAGUUCAUUCAGAAGGAGAUUUCGGACACCAAUGUCCAGCAGCUGGACAGUGCCCUGAGGCUUCUGAUGCAGCUCAUCUCCAAGUACAACACACAGAAGUACCUAGUCCUUACAGGAAGUCUGUUAGCCCUACAUGAGGUUGAAGGUCUAGCUCUGGUUAUGCUAUGUAACCAUAGACCGGUCACACGCAAGCUGGCAAUGCACCUUCUGAAGGAGGUCAAGGGCAUCCUGUCCUCGGUCACCACGUUCUCCAUGCAACAGGUUGGUUGUAUGGGGCUUCUAGAGAUGAUGGACAAGCACUGUCAUGGUGUCGUGGAGAAGCUUCUGCCCAUCCUGCCACAGUCAGAAAGGACACUAAUCCAAAACUCGUCCAACAUGGACCUGCAAUGGCUGCUGGACCGUUCCAGUUCCAUCUGGAGUGGCCAUGACAAGGACCACCCGCCGGGUCCCAGCGAGUCCAACUUCUCCAAGGUUGACCCCUACAUGCAGUGUAUUGCCAUGUUUGUGUCCAAGGACCUCGGUCAGACACUGUGUCCCCUUGCCAUGGCGCACGCUUGGCCCAUCGUGUUCACAAGACUGAACGCUCUGUACACGCUACUAGAACCAAACAACAUGAUCAACGAGCACCGCGCCUCCACGUUCAUCCGCUCGAGCAGCAAGAAGGUGACAACAGAGCGAGACCUGCACAUGCAGCUCUGGCAGAACUACGUCAUUCUGUCAUGUGCUGUAGCCCAGACCACGCCCAUCACAGAACUCGUGCAGAAAUACACGCUACCAGAGCCAAGUGUUGUCAAUGACGAGACUACAGACAAGGUGUCCAGCGUGAGUAUGCUGUUCAAACAGCUCGUGCCAUUAAUCCGUUGUGAAAGUGCCGACAUACGGGACACUAUUGUCAAUGGACUGGGAUAUACCAACUCUGCUGUCUUCAAAGAGCUGAUGGAAGAGAUGGUGAACCUGUUGAAGGAAGCCAUUGAAAGAAAGACUGAGAACAUCCGCAAGCGACGCAAGAAGGAUGUACUACGUGUGCAACUUGCCCAUAUCUUUGAGAAAAUGGCAGAGCACAAGACAUUUGCACAGAGCGAGUCCGCUGUGCUGGACCGUGAUGACCACAGCCUGACUAAGCAGUUUGUUGAGUACAUUGACGGGGCCCGGAUCUACCUUGAGGGGGAGAGUGACCGGGACCUGCCCACCCUGCAGGACAUCAGGCUGCACUUCUCACUGUUUGUACGACAUCUCAUCUCCAACACACCAGGGGAGUACAAGUCAAAGCUGCUGAGUAGAGAGCUGCGCUACAGCCUGUUUGACCUGUUUGCUAGCUGGAGUGGCAAGUUCAGCCAUACAUCCAGCGCAAUUGAUAAGAGGUUGACUAAAGAUGAUGGCUGCACAGAGCUGGAGCUGACGGCAGUGAGGGCAAUGUCUGCUGUUGUCUGCUGUGGUCCCGUGUUUGACACCAAUGGAUUGAAUGAUGACGGCUACAUCUUCAACUGGCUGGACACCCUGCUGAGUUCCCAUGACGACAGAGAUCGUUCUCUGAAAUUCAAGAUCUAUGAGCUUGCCAAGGAGACAGUGGUUCUGUUGCUGGACUACAACUCGGACAACCAGGGUCUGCUGGACUGGGUCAUUGACAGGUGCUAUACGGGCACUAACGAGGUCUCUGAUGGCUGCUUUCAUGCCCUUGCUGCCGUCUUCCAAGCUAGGGAGUACCCAUGUGACCACGUGGCCAUGCUGAACCUUGCCCUGCUGAAUGUAGGCAACCCUCGCAUGCCGACCCACGAGACGGCGGUGCAACUGCUCCACCUAUUGGACCGACGGUUCUUCCAGGAGCGUUCUGUGCUGGGAGACAACUCUGAUCAGCAUCAGCCUCUCAACGACGUGUUCUUGUCGGUGUCCUACUGCCGCUCACAGAUGUUCAUGUCAGAUCAGCUGGCCAGGCUUCACCCAGAACUCACACUGCCGAUAUUCUCUGAGAUCACCCACAGGUUCCAGACGGCCAAGCCUGCGGUGAGACAGACCCUUCUGAAGUACCUGUUGCCAUGGUUACACAACAUGGAGCUAGUGGACCCCUCCCUUCCCCAGAGCAACCCCUUGAGCAUGUUCCUGGUGCGUUUCCAUGACAACUACACGGAGACGUUCAAGCCCCCGCUGAAGGGCGAGGGAUGGGGGUCCCAGGAGGCCACCAAGAUGGUGCUCAACAACCUGUUCUAUAUCACUGUCAAGUUUGGGGACGACCACCCCCAGGAGUUGGAGGCACUCUGGGCGGCGCUGGUGCUGUGCUGGCCCAACAACAUCCGCGUGGUCAUGCACUACCUGGUCAUCCUCAUCAACAUGGCACCCACAGACCUGCUGCCUCAUGCCAAGAGGGUAGUCAGCUACAUUGGCCGGGCCCGUCCAGAACGCCUGGUGGACGAACUCAUGGCGGAGAUGCAGACGGUAGAGACCUUGAACCUAAAUAUUGAGCGCACUCAGACUCCGCCGUUUUUCCGCCUGUCAGUGAUCAGGCGUCCCAUGGUUCCCAUGAACACGACGGACGAUGAAAAGAUGGAGAGUCACGUGACUGAUCUGACACUUGAGAAGGGGACGCUGCACACCAAGCGACACAGUGCAAACCCUGACGAGUCCCUCACUGAAACAACCACGAGAAGUGAGUCCACCCAGGACAGCGGAGACUCAAACCUUCCCUCAGAUGAUGAGAUGUCAAUAUCCUCGUCCGUGCGUGGAAUGUCCGAGCCACGCUGGACCGAGGCCAAUGCACCCUACCCGCUGCCUAUGCCUGCGUUUGGAGGCUAUUUUGCUCCCAUGUUGGAGUAUCUGCCUGAAAACAUGCAGCCGUCUGCUGGCUUCCAUAGGAGUAACAUAGCCAUCAUGUUUAUGUCAGACCUGGUACUGGAUGGCUUGGAGAUUGAUUGGUCAGCACAUCUGCCUCUCAUGCUGCACGUCAUUUUUCUAGGUCUGGACCACAACAAAGAGCUGGUGUAUGAGCACUGCAAGAAGCUGUUGCUGAAUCUGAUGUUGCUAGGCGCCAGCCAGGACUGCCCUGAAAUUGCUAGGCGGUUGCUAAGCUACCAGACUAACCUUGACGAUACCUUGCAGCUCAUAUCAGAUAACAAGGAUACAUCUGCAUCGGAACACAGUGAAUCUCACAACACAAGUGUGGAGGAGCCAUCGGAGUUACGCCCCUUGUUCCGAGCGGACAGCUCCACUACAGAGUUACGCCCCUUGUUCCGAGCGGACAGCUCCACUACACUGAUGCCAACAACCCCAGGCACCCCACCCAGCCCAGAGAAUCCCUCGUCUGAAUCACGCACGGAGACUGACCCUGACACUCUGAACUCUGUCCUUGACAUAGUGAAAGCUGUCCUUGAAGUGUUCAGCAAGAGACGUGGUCGCCCACUGUGGUGUUACGAGGACAUCACGCCCAAGACCCUGGUCACACAGAGUGCCCAGCAGCUGGAGUACCUGCUGAGGUUUGUUGUGAAGUUCUUCAAGCACCUGUCUCCACUUGCGCUGGUGGAGCAGCGCUGGUCCCAGGUUGCCAUGCAACUGGCCUUAUCCUGCUCGUCUAGACACUACGCUGGACGCUCCUUCCAGGUGUUAAGAGCGCUGCAGAUCCGCCCCUCGUCUCAGAUGCUUGCAGACAUACUGUCCCGUCUCGUAGAGACUGUCUCUGAGCAAGGGGAUGAUAUGCAGGGUUAUGUAACAGAGAUUAUCCUCACAUUAGAGGCAGUUGUGGACAAUGUGGAUCUGGAGAUCCGCCCAAUGGACUACAUGCGUGACAUAUUCAUGUCCACGCCCAACCUAGCCCAGAACCCAGUGGGCUCUGAGUUGCGGCGGGGCGGGCUUAUGGCCCCCAAACAGCAGACCUACCAGCAGCAGCACACCCGCAGUGUGAGCUACGCCGUGCAGGGUGUGACCAGCAAGAUGUCAGGAAUGGCCGAGUCCCGUAACCGCAGUGGCACAGAUCUAGAGAUGAGGCUGAAAUCCAACCUACCAAAGUCACGCGGCGAGAAAUCGGGGAAGAAUGCAGAACAGGGGGCAGAGGACAAGCUCACCAUCAUGACCCAGAUGUUCUGGCUGGCAGUGUCACUGCUCGAGUCUGACUACGAAUAUGAGUUCCUGCUGGCAACUAAACUGCUCGAUAAGAUCCUGCAACACCUGCAGCCGGAGAGGCCGGAGUGUAGAGAGAAGCUGGAGAAGAUACAGCAGCAAAUCAAGUGGAACAACUUCCCAGGGGUCCAGAAACUGCUGUUAAAGGGAUGCACAUCAUUUGUAGCUGCAGAGUCCACCUGGCACCUGCUGACAAGGAUCACCACCUGUAUCAAUGCUUCUGUUAUUGACCCAUCUGGGACACAUGGCUUCCCGAUGAACGUGGUGGCCCUGUUGCCCUACUUGGUUCAUUUCUAUGAGAACCCGUCACAACUGUGCAGGGAUGCGGCUGACCAUAUCUCACAGGUUUGCUCCCAGAAAUCAGAACGCCUUAACAACCUUGGUACUGUGAUGUCGCUGUACAGUCGAGGCACGUUUGGAAAGGACAGCUUCCAGUGGACCAAGUGUGUUGUGAAGUACCUGCAUGAUGUGUAUGCGCAGGCUAGUCUGAACAUGGUCAGCUUCCUGGUAGAGUUAUUGGAGAAAGGUCCCCACACGUACCAGCUGGCCAUUCUGCAAAUACUUCACUGCAUGGUGCACUACAUUGACCUCAACUGCACACCCGCUACAGUCCUUAACAAUGAACUGUUUACCACAGUUGCUAGGCAUGUACAGGGAGCCCAUUCGAAGGAAGCCAUUAAGAUUCUCAAGCUGACGGUAGCUCGCUCCUCCUCACUUACGUCUGCUGCGUCCAGUAGCUCCGAGCAGACGUAUGCCUACCACCGCUCCCUGGCCGAGAUUGAUGUGCUCCACAAGAAAGAACUGCCAGGUCGUACCCUAGACUUCACGGUAGAUCUCUCCCACACAGGGAUCAUUGGGCGCAAGUUUCUAAACCAGGAGAUCCAUGGGUCUCCGGGUGGUGACGUCAACCGGGCCUCCAGUAACCAGUCAUCUCUUAGCCGGAAGGACUCAAAGAAUGAGUCAGACACCUGCUGGCGUAAACCACAGAAUUCACAGGCUCGAACCAGGGAGAGGCUGACAGAGUUGCUGGCAUGUUACGGACAGAAGAGGCUGCCCAAGAGUCCAUCGGAACAAUCAAUAAAUAAGGUUAUCUUCAGCCAGUACAGUGACACCAUCGACCCUCAACCCAGCAUCCCAUCCAGUGGGGAGGACUCCAUACCGGACAUGGCCCAGUCUUCUGAUGGUAUCUACAGCGGGGACAGCAACAGCCUUGACCUGGUCACCAUGACAAUCAAGAACUUUGACUUCCUGGGAGAGUAUGACUUGGAGUAUGAUUAUCCUCACAACCACAAUGUGCAUGACAAUGACUACUUCAACACGUUUGAGUCCAGCAGACGACAAUCAUUCAACGAGAUGCCAGAAGAGGUUCUGCAUCGGCGCACAAACUUUGGCAGCACGCCAGAUCUGCAGCGACUCAGCAAACUGACCCUGUCAGAAAUCCCGGUUCAUGGUAUCUCUACAGAGAGUAUAAACAUUGAUAGAGAGACCCUGUCUGGCAGAGAGUCGGUCUCGUCUACCCCUGAGGAGAGUCAGCGCCAGGGGUGCGUGACGCCAUGUGCCAGUAAUGUGAUCGUCAUCAAGAACCCCGGACUGCCUGAUGACCAGGAGUACUCACCAAAAACAGACUCAACCCAUAGCCUGGCAAGUUCCUCGUCCUGCUCUGAUGAUGAUGACGAAGAUCCAGACAAUGCUAUCCUGAGUGCCAGCGCGACCUCGUCGACAUACCCGACCCUGCUGGCCUCCUACAUGUACCUGAUGUCACCCACGGAGGAUGUGGAUGAGAUGUGGAAGAUGCACGUGUCAAAGGUCAUGUCCGAGUCAUCAGUCACCAACACAAUCAACACCUCUCAGAUCUUCCCCAAGCUAUACAGGGAGUUGAGGCGUAGACUUGCCACCCUGACAAAGGAUGCCUACUACUACGUGUCCAAGACCGAGGGGUUGAAAGGCAUAGGAGCCCAGCUGCUGGCCGCCCUGGAGACCAUGUUCAACAACCUAGAGUGUCCCUACUUUUUUGUUGAGGCGGACAUCUUGCAUGGGAGUCGUGUUGUGGACAAGCACCGCUUCUGCCUGCUAGAGAUGCAGGAGUGCUUCGAGACCUACAGUAUGAGAAAGGACCACGCUGAACAGAGCCUGGAGAGUAUCAAGUCCUGCAUCAAGCAGCAGUCCCUGGGGGAUGGGGGCAGCCUACCUGUGGCAUGCUCUGAUGAACAGAAGCUGGACCUGUGUCAGAAGCUGUACAAGCUGAUAUUCCAGCUGGUCCAACUGUUUGAGAGCUACAUCAAACUGCUGGACUGUCUGACCCAGGUGAAGUCUGAUACACAGGUGAAUGAUGUGACAGGCCAGGUGGAGAGUAUCAAAGGGGAGAUCAUCGCGGCGAUGAGUGAGCUGGAGAACGGGCAGGCCUCUCCCCUCAACCUGGACUCUCCCAAGCCCCCACUCAGCAAGCAUGAGGCAGUGGGACACCUGGCAGAGUACCUCAAGUCACAGCAGUACCAGAAGGCACUGCAGCUACUGAGAUCCUUCAGGUCCAUGUGGCCGGGAGAGAUGUUUGGACUGAAUGUGGACGAUGAUCUGAACAUUCUGCUCAACGUCUACUGUUUUGGGGUGGCCGAGAAGAAAUCUGGUGUGUAUGUGUUUACUAAGAUGGAGUUUGACAUCGGCAUCCUGUAUGGGCAACUGCUGGACAUCAACCAACAGCUGAGGACGUGGGCUGUCAGCUCCCCCCACCCCUCCACCAUCUCCGAGAAUAACGAACACCUCGACUCGAGCACUCUGUGAACAGCUGUCAGCUCCCCCCACCCCUCCACCAUCUCCGAGAAUAACAAACACCUCGACUCAAGCACUUUGUGAACAGUUUUAACAAAUGUUUUGUUUCCUCUAAAACAAAAUGUGUGCAGUAGAACUGUUGUGUACCGUGUGUAUAGCCAAUACAAAUAAGAUGGUCUUACAGCCAGAGCCGUGUUCUGGAAGAAGUGGGCUUAAUAUAUGUGAGUCCAGUGUUGUCCCAGAUUAGCCUGUUCAGUCUGUACAGUUUAUCAGGGACAACACUUACUGCUUUUUUGGUAUAUCUCAUUUAAAGGAAAUCUCUUAUUAGCGAAAAGCCAGUUAAAGUGGAAAGCAGUCCACACAAGCUAAUCUGGGACAACACUUUGCACACAUGCAUUAAGCCCAGUUUUCCCUUAAGAGACGCAGUCGAUACAUGUGCACAUAGCUGUAUAGCUUUUUCUACUUUGUUUUAUUGUUAAAUAGAUACCUUUUUCAUAUUUUAUGUCUUUCUAUAAAUAUUCAUGUAUAAUAGGGCAUUCUUUCAAAUGUUUUGAACAUUAAUCUAAUAUAUUUAGAACACAUGUAAAUAUAGAGAUGCAUAUAUUUUAUUAAAUAAUAUUUGUGAAUGAUUAUUAUUAGCCACACUGUGUAUCUAGAUUGUGCAGCAUUUAAUGUAGUUAAAUAGGAUUGCAGUAAGUUAAAUUCAGAUGAAAUACAAGUUACAGCAAAACUUUUUACUACAGUGGAUUUUUAUAACUGACUACAAUGGCAGCUCAAUACGAAUGUGAAGGCAUCAUAACUGGUAAAUUGUAUAAAAAGUUUUAGACUGUAACAUUUUGACUGAACACAAUUAAAUAAGUUAAAUGUGAAUACAUUGAAGUACUUUGUUAGUUCAUGUAUAGUUAAAUAAUACAUUAUGGUUCUCUGUGCUCUGAAAGGGUUAAAUGUCAUUUAAUUUCCUUUGACAUUUCAAAUAAAUGCAUGUAAAUAUAAUAGUAGUUGGAACUAUUUACUUGUAAUGUAUUUUUUUUAAUGAAAUAUUACUGAAUUAUAUAACUUUUGUUUUAAAGAUGGUUUAAUUAUUCUUGUCUUUUUUUCGUGUCAUUUUUAUGUUAUUCCCAGUAAUUAAUUUUGCUGAUUACAUUUUGCUAUUUAUUUGUUUUUUAUUUUGUUACUUUAUUUAUUAAAAAAAUAUUUGCCUUUUUAUAUCUCAACAUAUAGUGAAUGAAGAUUGCAGAAUAUAGUAAUGUCAAGAAAUGUUUUCUGUAUGAAAUCUUUCAGUUGUGUGAUGACUAUGGAAAUUUGCAUGAUGUUGAUGGACCAGUGCUUAAUUUUUCCUUUGACAUAUAUUUAUCCUCGACAAAAAUGGUUGUCUCGCCUGUGCAACUAUUAGACUUGUUAUUCGAUUUGAUUUGUGCAUUAUUUUACAUACAAUUUUUGUGUUGAAAAUUUUAAUACAUGUUAAUAUUUCAUUACUAUCACUACGCCAUAAAUCUGUAUAAUUUGUCCAGAUUGUGUGUAUCUCAUAAGUCACAAUAUUCCUUAGUGCUAUUAAUUCAUAUGUUAUACCUUCUUGUGUGCCUGUCCCGAAUCACUUUGUACCUUGAACAGCCUAACAUCAUCCAUGAAAGAAAAGAGACAAUGCUGUACAGAAUGCAUCUUUGAGUUGCUGCCUUUUUUCUCCACACUGGAUGGAAAACUGCUCAUUAAACUAUUAAUCAUUAAAGACUUUAUAUGUAUAACAGAGUCAACAAACAUGAACUUGAAAUCCAAGAAACACAAUGACGAUGUAUAGUCUGUAGUUAAUACUUCAAUAAAAAUUGGCUUUCAUUUAUGAAUUUUGCUUGAACAGCUUUUCAUGCUUUUAUUUACACGAUGUAUGCACACCUUCAUUAUGCCAAAUAUUCUGUUCUUGACUAUGAAAUAAAUUUUGUAUAUUUA